AUGAGUUUCCGUGAUUUGGUUGCGGAAAGCAGAGAAAUUGCUUAUGAUGCAGAGGAUGUGAUAGCAACUUUUGUAUUUGAGGUUGAGCCCAGGAGAAGGCGAGGCUUUCGAAACUUCAUCACGAGAUCUACUCGCAUCUUCAAUGAACUCAUAACUCGGCGCAAGAUUGGCUGUGAAAUUAAAAGGAUUAGAAGCAAGAUCACUGGGCUUACUGCAACAUUACCAACUUACGAACUAAUUGCUAUGACCCCUGAAAGAGAAGGCUCAAGUUCUGCUCUUCAAAGGCAAUUUCAGUUUCGACGGACUUAUUCCCAUGUUAAGGAUGAGGAUUUUAUUGGUUUUGAGCAAGAUAUCAAGAUAUUAGUUGCACAAUUGGUGAGUGAAGAAGCCAAACACCGUAGAGUUGUUUCCAUUUGUUUCAUGCCUGGUUUGGGAAAGACUAUCCUUGCUAGGAAAGUGUACCAUCACCAAGACGUUAGGUGCCAUUUUGAUGCCUUCGCUUGGGUUUCAAUAUCUCAACAAUGGCAACUAAAAGAUGUUUUGCAAAGGAUCCUAACUAAACUCAUUCCAGAGAAAAGUGGGGAGAUUGUGAAUAUGAUAGAUGAUCAAUUAGUGAAGUUACUUUAUGAAUUUCAACAACCGAGAAAAUGCUUACUGGUUCUCGAUGACAUUUGGUCAUCCGAUGUUUGGGAGAGUUUAGUACAUGCUUUUCCUACUGUAAAUACUACCAGCAGCAAAAUAAUCAUUACUACUCGUAAUAAAAAUGUGGUAACAUUUGUGGAUCCAGGUGGUUUCAUCCUCCACCACAAAGCAACAGAGCUGGAAGUUAUUUGAGAAAAAAGCUUUCUCGAAAAUAGAUACUGCAGAAUUCAAAGUUGACACAAUGAUGGAGAAGUUAGGAAUAGAAAUGGUUGAACAAUGUGGGGGCUUACCACUAGCCAUUGUAGUACUUGGAGGACUUCUAGGAACAAACUUGACCCUGAGCCAUUGGCAGAAAGUGCAACAAAAUUUCAAUACAUGAGAAGAGGAGGAGGACAAGAUGGAAGAGUAUUGGAUGUGUUAGCUUUGAGUUACCAAGACUUACCAUAUCAGCUCAAGGUAUGUUUCCUUUAUUUGGGCAAUUAUCCUGAGGAUUUCGACAUCAAUGCAAAGAGACUAUAUCAAUUGUGGAUGGCUGAUGGCUUCAUAUCCCAAGAAGAAAGAAGAGAAGACGAAACCAUGAUGGAUGUGGCCGAACGUUACAUGGGUGAACUAGCACAAAGGUGCAUGGUUCAAGUGGAAUUGCAGCCAGAGGAGGAUUCAAUAAUUACAGGAACUAGAGGGUUUCGAUAUUGUCGACUUCAUGAUCUCGUGAGAGACUUAUGUUUGUCAAAGGCAAAAGAGGAAAAUUUUCAUCAGGUCAUUGAAUGUGGGCAUAUAAAUCAGCAAGAGCAUCCCUCUUCUUCAUCCAUGGUAACAUCAAUUGGUGGUAACACUUGCAGUAAAAUACACAGACUUGUCAUCAAUCUAGAUGGGAAUAGUAACUUUCAUCUCUUUGAACAAGAAGAAAGAGCUCGGCAUAUUCGGACAAUUUUAUUCUUCAUAGGUGAUGAUUGUGAUUAUUCAUUUGGAGAACAAUUGACCCGUUUCUCCAAAGAAUCCAAAUUUCUUAGACUUAUAAAUUUCGAUGGAAAUCCAUUUGAUAGAAAAAGAAAGGACCAAAAGAGUUACCAAAAGAAAUAGGAAACCUAAUCCUUUUGAGGUACUUGGGUAUAAAUAGGGGUGCAUUCACAAAGUUGCCAUCAUCAAUAGGCAACCUUAGACACUUGCAAACCCUUGAUUUACGAACAAACUUCCAUAUCAGUGUUCCAAAUGUGUUAUGGAAGAUGGAAGGAUUGGUACAUCUUUAUCUUCCUUAUCGUUACUUUUGUACAGAAGGCAAACUACGAGUAGAUGGUUUGAGGAAUCUGGAGACGCUACAAAACUUGGAUUCAGAUAAGGUUAAUGUUAGAGAUCUCUUCAAAUUAACCAAUCUCCGGAGUUUGGAGAAUGUAUGCAUAGCGGGAAAGCUUGAGGACCUAACAAUGGUCAAUAACUACAUCCUUAACAGCAAACAUCGACUACAACACACAUCCAUUAAAUUUCUACAUUGUGAUUUGUGUUCAGAAGAUGGAUUAAGCCUCCUGAGACAAUUGCUU